UCACGUAGUCGAAAAUUUCACACAUUUGCAUUGAUUUUCAUUCCUUUUCUCACUUCGGUUUUUUUGCAUUAUUAAAAUAAAGACAAAACAUCAUUAUAAAUACAAAAAUCUAAUUUGCAUCAGCAAAAAUUAAAAACAAUAUUGAGAUAGGCUAUUAAUUACUCGUAAGCAUAAAUAACUUAAAUUUUCUUUUGUAAAAAAGUGAACUUUGCUCUUCGUAUUUUUUGUUGUUGUGGUAUAAAGGCAUUCUCCAAUAAGUCCUUUAUCCGUAGUGAGCAGUACCGAUAACAUUACUACGGAGUGUGGACUUUGAUUGUGUAAAUAGAAUUAUACAUUUACGAAUAGCCUACAAGGUACAAGGUGUCUCAGUGAUAUUAUUACGUUAAUAAAUUCAACAUGGGCAACAAAUCAUCUCUAUUGUUGCGUGAGGAAGAAAUCGCUCAAAUUCAAGAGGAAACUGGGUUCACACCAAACCAAAUUGAAAGGCUGUAUUCUCGAUUCACAUCACUAGACAAGAAUGACUGUGGCACACUGUCCCGGGAGGAUUUCCUAAGGAUACCGGAGUUAGCUAUCAACCCACUGAGCGAGCGUAUUGUCCACUCUUUCUUUGCGGAGAGCCAUGAUGACAGAGUGAACUUCUUACAGUUCAUGAGAGUGCUCGCACACUUCAGGCCCAUCAGGAAAAACAGAGAGAACAAGCUAAAUAGUAGAGAUGAGAAAUUGAGAUUUGCAUUUUCAAUGUAUGACUUGGACAACGAUGGUAAAAUCUCAAGAGAUGAAUUGUUGGCCAUACUACACAUGAUGGUUGGAGCUAAUAUCAGUGAAGAACAAUUGACCAGCAUUGCGGAACGCACAAUCUUGGAAGCGGACACCAACAAUGACCAGAUGAUAUGCUUUGAGGAGUUCUGUCAUGCUUUGGAACGGACAGAUGUGGAACAGAAGAUGUCCAUCCGUUUCCUCAACUGACCUCCACACUCCUGAACCGACAACAUUAAGUACAUAUUAAUGUUUAUACUAGCCAUACUCAUAUAUGGGCUGUUUAACAAGAAAUAAUUAAAUGUGUAAGAUGUAUGUACAUGAGUUACUUGAGUGUUUUGGAGAUUUAGUUCUUAAUUUGGGUUAGAUUAGGUCUAUUUUAGUUUAUCGUUUUAGGCAAAACUGUGUGAUAAAAUGUAUUUAUUGAUCUACAUCACAUAAUAGAUGUAACAAAAAUUAUGCUAAAAUAGGGAAAUGAAAAGAAAUGUGAAGACAAAAAAGAAAAACAGCGGAUGUUAAAUACUAAAGAUCAUAUUGAAUUGUUGAUAUGUAGCAAGCUAUGUUAUUUAAUGCAAUUAUAUUUUUACUUUUAUGUGAUUGAUUUAGUAUUGGCAAUGACUUGUGAUAAAUAGCGGCGAUGAAUUUAAUAAAUAGUUCUAUAUCGUAAGAGUUAAAAAAAAUAGCUGUCUAACAUAGGCUAUCAUAAAAAGAAA